AUGUUCACAUUGUGUCUAGUGGACGUGUCGACGACCAGGACAUAUUCCUCCGUGGCUUUGAAAUUCUCCAGGUGUCGUCUGUUUAUACCAUCAAUUGAGGACCGUCGGCGCUAUUCUUCACCCUCUUCUGCUCCUCCCAUUGGCCUUUGCUCUCGACGGCCUACAACCCCGCAAUUGCGUGCUCCUGCUGCAAUUGCUACUGCUACUACUGCUCCGUGGGCAUCAUUAUCAGGGCGGAAUUCUAUGGACAAUUUCUUCAUCGAUGCCCUUGUGCGGGCGAGUCUCUGCAAAUAUCACUCCUCGUCUCUGCCCUCGAUUGGGGCCCCCGCGCGCUCACGCACCAUCUGCACCAUCCGCCGCGUGCCCUCCAGCCCCCACCACAACUUCCCCAUCAUCGACCUUGUCCCGCGGCCGCCCUUCUCCCCCGAGAUCAAGUCCGAACUCAAAUCCUUCUCCGACCCCUAUUACGACGAGUCCUACGACGAUGCCAAGUCCGCCAAAGACGAAGACGAAGACGGCCCGCCCCCCAAACCGUACCCCAACGACCCCAAAGCAGCCGUAAGGCCGCCCCUCCCAUGGCACGCCUGCACCACGCCCGAGUCCCACGCCGCCCUCCGCCGCUUCAAGCGCCAUCUCGCCGACCCCAAGUGCUCGCACGAAACCCUCUACAGGAGCUACCGCGCCCUGCCCACCCCGCAGAUCCUGCACCUGCAGCUCCACCACGUCAACGCCUUCGUCGCCCGCAUGAUGACCGUCCCGCAGCGCACCGAGCCCGCCAUGCUCCGCUACCUGGCCGUCCUCGACGACCUGCGCGCCGCCGCCCUCCCCAUCACGCGCGCCGAGUACAACGCCGCCAUCUCCUUCGUCGCCCGCUCGUUCGACAGCGUCUCCCUCGACGAGGCAAAGUCCGCCAUCCACCUCUGGAAGAAGUCGGAGGGCCUUGCCGGCGUGGCCAGCGACAUCACAACAUUCAACAUCCUCCUCGACAUGGCCUCAAAGUCCGACACGCCCGUGCUCGUCGAGUGGAUCCUGCGCGAGAUCGAGUCCCGCGGCAUGGCCCCCGACCGCUUCACGCACACCACCCUCAUCACGUACCAUGGGCUGCGCGGCGACGGCGAGGGCGUGCGCCUGGCGUAUCGCGAGCUUGUGGACGCCGGGGAGAUCGUGGACACGGUGGUGCUCAAUGCGGUGAUGGCGGCGUUCCUGCGCGCGGGGCAGCCGCAGAGCGCCGACUACAUCUACGAGAAUAUGAAGCGGGCGACGCUGGACCCGCCGCACCCGCUGCCGCAGGCGGGCCCCGGCGACUGGGUGGGGAAGCGGAAGUGGGCGAAGGUUUUGAAGGCGGUUGCGGAGAGGCGGCGGCGGAUCAUCGGCGGGUAUAUGAAGGAUUUCAAUGCGUCGCUGGCGCCGGAUGUGUAUACGUUCAAUAUGGUGGUGCUGCAGAGCGCAAAGACGGGUGAUUAUGAGAGGGCUAUGGCGCUGUUUAGGGAGAUGGACCUGCUAGGGGUGCGGGCGAAUGAGACGAUUUUUGUGGCGCUGUUGAAGGGCUUUUAUUGGUAUGGGGGCAUGAGCCAUACGCCGUGGACGCCUGAGAGACUGGAGGAGGUCGUGGCGUUGGCGUUUGAUAAGAAGAGGAACAUCUUGAUGGAGAAGAGUUUGGCGAAAUGGAUACUGAUGAGUACGGCAAGGGUUUAUAAUAGCAAGGAGCUUGUUUUGAAGAUCUGGCCCAAGAUUACGAAGAGGUGGGUGCGGCAAGGCGGUGAGGUGGAUCCGGAGACUCGUGAGGUUUUGAAGGGCUUGGUGGGGCACGGCAAAGGUGCAUGA